AACAUGGAUCAUACAUUUAUAACCAAUGCAUUUGCGCAGAACUUACUACACAUGAUUUUAUUUUAAGCGAUGAGAUUAAAGAACUAAAUACCAGCUGACAAUGGAUACAAUAACCGACAAGCUAAUGAAGCAAUUCGAUUGUUGCUGCCAACAAGCGAGCAGUGGCGAAUUUUGAGAUCAGAGUUUCUGAAAAGCAAGUCACAAUGACGACUUGUUAAAUACUUCGAAUAUGAACACCAUUUCUCGGCAUCCCUUUCCAUUUGUUAUUACCAAAAAUGCCUCUCGUCACUGCGAGUAUGAGUAUUACCUCUGCCUUCAAGGAGUCUGGAUUGAUUCCUGAUGUCCUUUCACAAGUACCCUCCGAUACCCUGAUUGGUAUAAAGUAUCCUGGUGGUCAAGAUGUUGCUAUCGGAAACAAGAUGACCCCCGAGGAGGCCUCAGUGGCCCCAGAAGUCACUUUUGUUGCCGAUGACCCUAGUGCUUACUAUACCUUGAUUAUGACAGACCCCGAUGCACCCAGUCGAGAGGAUCCCAAAUUCGGAGAGUGGAGACAUUGGAUAGUUACUAACAUUCCAGGUUCGCAACCAUCUGUUGCCUCUGCGACACAGCACACUCCAUACAUUGGUCCCGGACCCCCGGAGGGUAGCGGCUUUCACAGAUACUGCUUCCUUCUUUUCAAACAGAAGAGCAAGGACCAGGCAAUUCAACAGUUGUCUCAUGAGACCAAGCCAGACAGAAGAAACUUCAAGGCCGAAAAGUUUGGUAAAGACAACGAUUUAGAACUCGUUGCUGCCAACUUCUUCUUGUGCAAAAACUCCAACGAUGCUUAAACCUCUCCCGACCUCAUAUCAUCUAAACCUGCUCAAGAUAAUAAAGUCAUUGUAUACUUAAAUCAGAUUAAAGGUCGGCUUACAUGAAAGUUACCAUAAA